CAGCAGAGGGAGGGAAGCAGCAGGGAGGUGCAGUCAGCCGCUCAGUGCGUCUCCCUCAGGGAUGGAGGACACUGACAGACUCGGGCCGUGAAGAAGAAGGCAUAUCCGGGCGGGAGAGGAGGACGGACAACGGGCGAACGACGAGGCUGUUCGAACCCGAAUAGGAGAAUCGAAGCAGCAUCGUGUCCACAAGCAGCGUCAUCAUGACAGCAGCCCCGCACUGAGCCUGUCCUCGGUGGGUUGGCAUGGCCCAGUGAUGAACGGAGCGGUGGUGCCUGGUAGCCCGGAGCUCUCCUCCUCGUGCCCACUGCCUGACUGGCGAGAGUUCUGCGAACUCCACGCUCGAGCCUCGGCCGCUGACUUCGCCGACAAGUUCCAACGCUUCCUGUCGGAGAAUCCAUGCUAUGACUCACCCGGUGCUGAUGCCAGCUUCUCGCAACACUUUGCCCAGCAUUUCCUAGAGUGCUUCUCGGCUGCGCUGACACAAGCCCGGGAGAACCAAGCAUCGCUGGCUGGGGAGGACGGACUGAACGUUGCUCCCAAGUACAGCAUUGUUCCUUUCCUGGGGAUACAGGGCUGCCCCUUGUCCUACAGUCACGACCUCUACCAGAGACGCAAAGACGCUGGGGCUUCUAGCGAAUCCCUGGACAGCAUGGACAGCGGAGGGGGCGGGAUAGAAGGUCGAGGCGGCGCCACUGCCGGCGUCCGGGGCCCUCAACUGACCCACAAGGUGUCCGCUUUAGGUCAAUCCCGAAGUUCUGAGGAUGUGUCCGUGUGCCAUCCCAAAGCUCGCUUCAAGAAGGGCUUCUCCUUAAGAAACAUGAGCCUUUGCGUUGUUGAUGGGGUGAAGGAGAUGUGGCAUCGCCGUGCUUCCCCAGAACCGGAUGGUCCAUCUUCAGCCAGAAAACCAAACGGAAGUGGAGGAGGAGGAGGAGGAGGAGGAGGAGAGGCGGCGGCGGCGACGGGAGAGAGGUGGUCCCAAAAGCUGAGACUACCCAGAGGCUCACAGGGCCACAAGGCCGAGAUGCUGGAGAUCCAGAGGGAAGGAGCACUGAGGUACAUGGUGGCUGAUGACACCAACUGCAUGGGCGCCGCACAGUGGCAGAAGUGCCGCCUGCUGCUGAGGAAGACCAAGAGGGAUGAAGGAGCUGAGAGAUUCCUGCUUGAGUUCUACGUACCACCCAAGUCUUCAAAACCGAAGGUGAGCAUCCCCUUGACAGCCAUUGUGGAAGUGAGGACCACCAUGCCCCUAGAGAUGCCUGACAAAGACAAUACUUUCGUUCUCAAGGUGGAAAACGGGGGCGAAUACAUCCUGGAAACCAUUGACUCGCUGCAGAAAAACUCGUGGGUCGCUGACAUCCAGGACUGCAUAGACCCUGGCGACAGCGGCGAUGACAUCGAGCUGGCGUCGUGUCCUCACGGUCAGGCCUCCUCCAAAGACUGCUCCAUGGUGGCCUCCUGCAGCUGUGAGCUACUCUCUGAGGGUGUGUAUCGAGCUCCAGAGAGGUUAUGUCCUACAGCAGCCGAGCAUUACAGUGCCCCCUCAGUGCGUUGCAGGGAACCCCCCUUCACUCAGCAUCCAUCCCACAUGCCUUUAGAGCGCUUCCUCCAGUCCCCAGAGGCCCAGGGCUCCAACCCUGCAGCAGGUGGCAGCGAGGGAGCCAAGCACUCGGAGGGCGAGGCCAGCCUUGCGGAGUACCCGUGGUUUCACGGGACGCUGUCUCGUGUGCGAGCGGCUCAGCUGGUGUUGGCGGGCGGGGCGAGGAGCCACGGGCUUUUCGUGAUACGGCAAAGUGAGACGCGGCCCGGCGAGUACGUGCUCACCUUUAACUUCCAGGGCAAAGCCAAGCAUCUGCGUUUGUCCGUCAACGACAACGGGCAGUGCCACGUCCACCAUUUGUGGUUCCACACCGUGUCGGACAUGUUGAGACACUUUCACGCUCACCCCAUCCCGCUGGAGUCCGGAGGAUCGGCUGACAUCACGUUACGCUCCUAUGUCCAAGUGCAGAGGAGCGCCCCUGCAGAUGUCACCAUGCCUCCCGUCGCCACCCCACCCAGAGACGCAGGCUGCCGCCCGGACUCAAACCAACCGACUCUGCACCCUCCUGGGAUCCCACCCUCCACGGGGCCCCCUCCCGAUGCCCCUCUCUCCUCGAGUACCUCCUCGUCACCCACCGCCCUUCCCUCCCUCUCCCGCAGCGACCCAGGUACAGGAGGAGGCUUACAGAGCCGCAGCAACAGCUCGGAGCGCCUACUAGAGGCCUCUAGUGGCACGUCUGAGGACUACCAUGAUGCUGAUGGGACUCGAAGGGCCCGAGCUGUAGAGAACCAGUACUCUUUCUACUGAAAUGACCUGGUCACGCGCUGUGGCGGCACACGACAGGCAAGGCUGGCUGCGUUGAUGAUGAAAAUGGUCCGAACUUGCAGGAUCAAACGUGAUGCUUGUUUAUGUUUCAAACAGGCAAUUUCCUGUUUCUCUAAUUUAAGAGGGGAGGUGAGGCUGAGCGAGAUAAAUCCAUCAGGCUGUGCAGCUGCGUUUCACACUGUCAAAGCAUAACGCGGCGUGACGCAAAGGGCUACAAGGAGAGCAGACUCACAGCGGGGCUGGAUGGAUGAUGGAAAUAAGAGCGCUGAGGAUGUGUGUAGGCAGAAAGAGCAACAGGAAGUCAUCCCAUACUCUCAUAUGGCUUUCAUUCACUUCAUCUCACCACUUCCUCUUGACACAAAAAAAAAAUCUGAAAUGACCCCAAAGCGAGACUCUAGUUCAUGUUUGUAAAGCUGCUUCGAGUCCAUCUUUGGUGUCCUCGCCGCUUCCCCCGUCAGCACACAAGUGAUGGGUGUGUUAGCAUUAGCUCUGAGGUGGUGGAGGUCUUCUGUGCUGCGUUCGGGAAAACUGGGACAUCACUACAAGCAGUCGUCAGAACAAAGCUAAACCUGUUUGGUUGACACGUUACAGAAUAACUUCAAAAGGACAUGUGCCCACCACAUGCCUUGAAGAAUUGGUUGUUUAAGUGGUGACAUCUUUGACUUUAUGUCACAUAGUUAAUCACAUAGCGUCCGGUGGACUUUAUUGACUCAGUUGCAGUGAGUAAGGCAGGGUUGCCCUUUUUUUACUAACCCGCGGCUUAUUCUAAACUAAACAAAGGCUUAUUGGAACAGGAAAAAGUUGAAAUAUUAAAACUAAUAACACUGCUAAUAAUACGCUUUGUCGCCUAUAACACGAUGCUGCCAUGCAGGGUGUAUUUCUGUACAUACGUAUGACUCUUUAGCCUAUCUACAGGGCUUGGCUUUAGAAUUUUUACUAAAUUAAAUACAUCAGAGUGGUCCCCAAACCCUUUCAUUUUUCAGUAUGUGACCCUCAGUGGAAAAUGUUGAGACACCCAUGAGUUAAGGCAUACAUUGCGGGAGAGGCUUUUAUUUGGACAGAUGCAUUUUUAUACUGAUAGUGCUCCCUCGCUUAUCGCUGGGAAUAGCUUCCCAAAACAGGCUCGUAAUAAGUGAAAUUCGCAAAGUAGCCAACUUCUUUUUUUUUUUACAAUUAUAUAUGUUUUAAGGGUGUAAAACCCCUCACCACACACUUCAUACACUUUUCUCAGACAGGCAAUAACAUUUUCUCACAUUUCUCUCUCGUUUAAACUCUCAAAAAAGGUCAAACCUUCGUUUCAGUUUUAUUGAUCAACCUUAAUGAGCAACACAAAUAAUUAUUAAGUGACUCACGCAUGUUUCACACAUGUUCCUGUGCCUUUUCGUCCUGGCGCCAUUCCGCUGUACUGUAGCGUUUUUGUAUCCUUGUUAAAACAUAUUCCUGCAGACAAACCAAAGAGUCAUUUACAAGCUAGCAAGCUAGCGAUAACACAGGAGCCAUGGCAGGACGGCACGAAGGAGAUUGAUUGACAAUGGUCUACAGCCAAUCAGGACCCAGAAAACAAUGGGAGGUGCAGACAGAUGAGAGAGGGAAGAGAUAGACACUCAACUUCCCACAAUUCAGUUCUUCUUAAAGGGCCAGGCUCGGCCUGCACCAGCAUUCAUAGCUGUAAUAUUAAAAAAAGCACACAAAAAAAUCUGCGAAUCCGUGAAAGGCGAACCACGAUAGAGCAAGGUAACUACAGUAGUGGAGUUAACAUUGGCGGCACUCUGCAAACUUUUGGCCGAUUAACGAUUAUCCUUUAAUGGCUAUAAUCACCAAAUUAAAUUGUCCGGCCGAUUAAUCGGUCGGUCCCUAAUUUUUAGUGCUAAAAGGGGGAAAAGCCUAUAUUUGAGGUAAGGCAUUUCAUUAUUAAAUUGGCAGGGUAGUUUUUUUUUUUUGUCAUGCAGGCUGCAGCUGUGUGAUGACAUAAUACAGCGUCUUGACUUCAGUUUUGCCCCAGUUUUCCAGAAUGCAGCAUGAGCGCCUGACAAUCACCUCCCAAGACACCUUGCCUCACCUGAAUGACAGUAUAAAUUCCAAUGGCAUUUGAAAAGACAUUUAAAUGUGGCCUCUUCUUUAGCAUUUAGCAUCAAACUAGCUGUUCUCCUACAACAAAAACGUUUUGGGUCAUACAUACUCUUUCAAAAGUGAAGUUGGGUCUCUGUGACAAUGUCAGGGUGGCUCUCAUUUUGCUGUCACACUGGCUUAUUUCUAUGAGCGUGUGUGUGUGUGUGUGUGUGUGUGUGUGUGUGUGUGUGAUAUAGUAAGAGUAUUUUUUGAUGAUCGCUAUGCUACAGUAGUGUUUCUAAAACAGGGUUUUUUCUGAGGUCUCUCUGUCCGGUGCGGGUGCUGUGCUCAAAAGAUGCUGUUAAAGAAUAUAUCAUGUUAAAUUCCCGCCUUGAAAGACGUGAUUAGAACCAAAUCCAGCAUUUGUCAAGUGAGGGAACAGGCUUCACAGCAGACUUGUGGGAGAGGAUGGCCAAGCUUGGCUGGAAAAUAUGUGGCUUCACUGCUUUGCUUUAAUAUUCAAUGACAAAGUAAUAUUCACAAUGAUUAAACAAACCAAGUGACUUUUUUAACAUAUCAAUGAGCUGUGCAAGCGUGGCCGUCUUGCAGCAUUUCCAAGAACAGACCGUCAUGGAGCGGCUGGAGCAGUUCAUGUGCCAAUUUGAAUCCUAUUUUUAAAGCAUAUUUAUUCUUUAAGUUGUUGUAAAUCCGUCCCCCAACCCCCACCCCACCCCACGUGCAAAAAUGGUGGAUUCUGAGGUUCAACACCCUCCCCCCAUAUUACAAACACGGCCUCAUGCCCCCCUCCCUUUGUUUAGUUGAUUUUCUGUUGUCUGGCGACGUUUUGAAGAGUCUGUGCAAUUCUUGCUCACGUCUCCCCUUGAUUUUGUUAACACUUGGUGAAAAAAAAAGUUGAUUUUCUGUUGAGUUUUGAAGAGUCUGUGCAAUUUUGUACAAAGUGACGUACUUGACAUACUACUUUAUAUUUCUGUGAAUAAAAUGUGAACAACAUGUGCGUCUUGUGGUCCUCCGUGGUUAAUAAAAGGUAUAUAUACAGUACAGCAUAUUAAAACGUAAUACUGUACAUAUGACGAUGAGUGACGUCAUUGUGAUAUGUUCAGGUGCCCUCUACAGAGCAAACUUCUGCAUUACAAAAUGCAUAGAACACUAAAUAUUUGUUUGAUGUGUUUUAAUAACAAUGCACCAGCAUAUGCAUGCCGUUCUUGUUCUUUAGGAAAUUCAAGGAACAAAAUUUGGGCCAAAAAAAAAAAAAAUCAGGACUCACUGACAUUAAUUGUACAACAUGACUUGUACUAUCUUUAGAUGGACAACAUGCUUGUUUUGCAUUUCAGUUAUUUUUUGCAUCUAAUUAGAUAAAUUAGAAGUCAUAUUUUUAAGCUCUUUUAAGUUUAUUUUGAAAUGCCCCAAGUCCAGAAGGGUCCACUAGUCCAUGCCCUGACACGUCCUUCUGUUUCAUGGCUUGUUGCAGAGUUGUAUGACAAUAAGUCCUGCCGUAAUCAUCAUGGCCACAGCGGUGAACUCUAUCAUGUUGCUCUGUCUCUGCUUGUGCAUCUUCUUGCUCAUCUCCUCCGCACGCUGCCUCCUGGCUCGCAUCUCUCGCUCUUUCUGCAGCUGCUCGCCAUAGUGGGCCUGAUAAAAGGCGUCAAAAUCAAACAUAGGCCUCCGGCCAGUUUGGGAGAA